AUGCAAGGACCUAAAAAAGAGAAUAAAAGAAUAAUAAAAAAUCACGAGGAAAACUAACCAGAAAAUGUAACGCCGUUUCCGGAUUCUGUUGAUAAUGAUAAAGAUUCAAAAUCCUCACUCAACGAAAAAUCUGGUACUAAUUUGACACCAUUCUCUUCAAUCUUAUCUUAAUUUCAGAAAAUAUAAGCGAAAAUGAUGAAAAUCAGGGUCUUUUACAAUGAAAAUGCAAAGCAUCAUCGAGAAAACUCUGGUCUCAAUCAGUAUUUUCAAUACAUUAAAUUUUUAAAGGAAGAUGAAGCCAUUGAGUAGUUAGUAGACAAGUAUGGAACUAAAAGAUGGACAUUUAUUGCACAGAAAUUAAAAGACGAGUUUAGUAUUGGUGGGCGAACUGGCAAACAAUGCAGGGAGAGAUGGCACAAUCAUCUAGAUCCUGAGAUUAAAAAAGAUCCUAUAACGCCUGAGGAGGAAAGAUUAAUCUUUGAAUCACACAAAAUGUACGGAAACAAAUGGGCAGACAUUGCGAAACUUAUGCCCGGAAGAUCCGAUAACACAAGGAAGCUAGGAAUCAAAGUAAAGAAUCUUACGGCUGAACACUUGUAUUAAUUAGUCAAGGAACACUAAUUAAACUAUGACCAAAUCAAGGAUCUAGAGCCAAAGCGAUUUCAAGAUUUAGAAUAUACAAUGAAGCUUAUAUUCAACCACGAUGAGGAUCAAAACAGAAAAAUUGAAAAGGGAGACUAAGAAAUAGAAAGCAAUUACGAGGCAUAAAUAAAAAAAGAUUCUGAUAUAGAGAAUCCUGAAAUGGAAUAAUCAUCUGAAAGAUUAAAGUAAGCCUCAUCCGCAUUCUUAUUAUUAUCCAGUAGAAGAUCACAGAGACUUCAAAGAAAGAAGAGACUUAACUAUGAAGAUCUUAACGAUCACCCAGAGCAAAUUAAGAAACAACUGACAUCGAUCAAGGAAUACAAUCUGGCACCCAGUCUUAAACGGAAAAAGUUUCUGACUGAUGAAACAAUAUCUGACAAAUAGUACCCUUUAUAAUCAUCUUCAGAGAACAAAACUCCUGAUCAACAGACAAGUAUCGUCGGUAUUGAUGAGCAAUUUUCUUAAUUCAAAUCCCUUGAAAAAUAACAACUAAAUGAAGACAGAAUUGAAGAAUAAACAAGUGAGAGCUAACAACGAAAAUUGAGCUUUGGUGAUUAAAAUUUAGAACAUAAAAUUUUUAAUCCUAAAAUUAUCUCAAUAAACCCUUCAACUAAGUAACAGUUUAAAAUUGAACCUAAGUCAUUUAAUCAGGAGCUUAGGACACCUUAGAAGAUAGGUAUACCUAACUUGACACCAAUAAGCUACUCAAAAUUGCCGUAAUUCUAGACUCCUUAGCAAGGAUAUUAGGCUAAGCACCAGCAUCAGCAUGUAAUCGUUGAAUAAAGCCCGUCCCAACAGAUCAUUUAUUAGUUUGGAGAUGGAAAUUAAAUGACAUCACCACUUUAUAUACCGAUAUAAAAUAACAAUUACUAGUUGUUUAAAUCACCAAGAUUUCAGUUACAAUUUACCUCUGAUCAGACCAAGAAAGAGAUUAGUGGAAGAAAAAUUAGUGAAUAAUAGAACUUCGAAGAGGAUAAAAAAGGUGAAGAAGUUUCGAAAUUGGAUCUCGAUAAAAGUCUUAAUUAACAAUCAUUAUUGACAGUUAAGCCAUAAAUUAAGCAUAAUAUUAGUAUCCAGGCAGACUAAAUGCAACCAUAGUAUUUGAUAGUGCCAAUUUACUAGCAAUAGAUGUAUUACCCUGAUAUGAAUACUAAAUUGACAGUACAAAAAAUCUAAUCUUCUAAUAAUAAUGUAACUUAAGAUUAAAAAUAAAUAAAAGAAGUAAAUUAGAAUGUAGACCUUGAUUGA